UCUUAAGGUGAGGUUCGGGGCUCGUUUGAUGGUUCUGAUUCGUCUCGAUUCUCUGUUUGGAUUUUUUAAAGUCAGGAUAUUAAAAAACGGUUCAAAUGACGGGGUCAACCAAAGUUCUUCUUUUUGGAUGAAACUUCUGAACUUCUCCAUGAAUCCUGAGUGUUUAAUCUUGUUGGUCGUUUAUCCUCCUUUACAGGAUAGAACUGUGUUUCUAAUGUUGCUCUGAGAGAAGAGUUCAUUCUUCCUGAGAAACUUAAACUUUUGACCAACGAAGAAGAAGCCACCGAACACCAACGAAGAAGAAGCCGCUGAACACCAACGAAGAAGAAGCCACCGAACACCAACAAAGUAUAUGAGAUGAAGCCACAGAGAGAGAGAACAUUGCAACUCACAGCCGCUCUCUUCUCUCUCUCUCUGUGGCUUCGUCUCAUACGCUUUGGCGGCUUCUUCUUCGUUGGUGUUUGGCGGCUAUUUCUUCUGGAACUCCGGCGUUGAACUUGGAAUCGAAAUUUAAAAAUUUGAACAAUUCUGGGAGAAUCCAAAUGUCAGUCCUGAUCCUCAUCGAUUCUCGAUACCAACCCUAGUCAUAACCACAUGCUGCCGGAUCGUCAAUGACGUCAUCAAUUCAUUGAUUAAUUAAUCAGUGUUUAUAGUAGAGCAGUGCGGUAACCAUGGCGAUGGUUCAUCAGGUGGAUCUCUGUUCAAUCUCAAUAUUCAGGUCACAUGGCCCGUUUAUGCUGCAGGGUCACAUGAUCACAGUUCCAGUUUUCUCUGGAUUCUACAUGAACGUUCACACAUUAACUCACUCAUUCACUCGUUCACUCAGGCUCCUGUGGUGACCUUCUGUGACCUUGGUCCACAGGAGUUUCACUGACACUGAGGUGUAGAUCAGACGUGUUCAGUUGGCGUCCUCAAACAUGGCGGACAGACGCCCGUCACGUGUUGCUCCUCCUCCUCCUGACAGCCUCUCCAUGCCUGAAACACUCGAUGUCGUUUCCAACAGUCGAGGAGGUCAAACGGGUCGACCACUCUGACCAUCUGUUCUCACUGCGAGUAAAAAUAGAGCGGCAGAGUCAGGGUCAUUCUGAGCGGGUUAACAAACAGGAAGUGAACGAUGAUUGGAGGGAGUGACAUGUGAGCGGUCAUGGAGGUCAUCAGAAAUAUAUGAUCCUAAACCAAACUUUGACGAACAGAAGUCGAUCAUCAGUCUGUGUUUGUGAAGGUCACGACAGGUUGACGUCAGGUUUUAAAACUGUCUUUAUUAACAUGUUUGUCGUUUAUUCUCUGGUUUUAUUAUUUUAAAACUGUCUUUAUUAACAUGUUUGUCGUUUAUUCUCUGGUUUCUGUUUUUGUUGCAGAUUUAUUUAUGAAACUGAACAUUUUAACGGAGUCGCUGAGCUGCUGGAAAUCCUCGGGAGGUCAGUGAUAAAAUGUUUCUGUGUAUGAUUGUCUCUCUGAAAGUUCAGCUUCUAAUGCUGCUUGUUUGACGUCGUGAACUCUGACCCUGAGUCUGUCAUAGAGACAGACGUCUAUGAACAGGGUCCUGGUCCUCAUGGGGGUUCUAAUUGGAGGGUUUUUCAUUAGGACCUGGUUCAGGAGCGCCACAGUUCUUCAGGGUUUCUUCACUGGUCUGAGAACUCUGUUUGAACCGUCACGUUGUCGUCAUGUAGUCAGGUUGUCGUCACGUUGUCGUCAUGUAGUCAUGGUGUCGUCAUGUAGUCAUGGUGUCGUCAUGUUUCUGUCAUGUUUCUGUCAUGUGUCUGUCGUGGAGCAAACAGAUCAGACUGACAGGAGAGCGUCAAACUUAUGAACCACAAACUGAUGAAACAUCUACACAACUCCCAUCUACACUGCGUUAGUGAUCUAUGAUCUAAUGAUCAACAUAGAGCUCAAUGAUUAUAAUAAUAAAAUCAAUAUCUACGCUCUGAUGGGUCAGGCAGUACCAGGUUAGACCACAGGGGGCAGAAAGGAGAGACUUUAGUUAAACUGGAAAUAUUCAAAAAACUUAAAGUAGAAAAACAAAAUAGGCGACUUUAACAAAGACCCUCUAAACCAUGACCCCGCCUCUAAACCAUGACCCCGCCUCUAAACCAUGACCCCACCUCUAAACCAUGACCCCGCCUCUAAAACAUGACCCCGCCUCUAAACCAUGACCCCGCCUCUAAAACAUGACCCCGCCUCUUAACCAUGACCCCACCUCUAAACCAUGACCCCGCCUCUAAAACAAUGACCCCGCCUCUAAACCAUGACCCCACCUCUAAACCAUGACCCCGCCUCUAAAACAAUGACCCCGCCUCUAAACCAUGACCCCGCCUCUAAAACAAUGACCCCGCCUCUAAACCAUGACCCCACCUCUAAACCAUGACCCCGCCUCUAAAACAAUGACCCCGCCUCUAAACCAUGACCCCACCUCUAAACCAUGACCCCGCCUCUAAACCAUGACCCCACCUCUAAACCAUGGCCCCACCUCUAAAACAAUGACCCCGCCUCUAAAACAAUGACCCCGCCUCUUAACCAUGACCCCGCCUCUAAACCAUGACCCCACCUCUAAACCAUGACCCCGCCUCUAAAACAAUGACCCCACCUCUAAAACAAUGACCCCGCCUCUUAACCAUGACCCCACCUCUAAAACAAUGACCCCGCCUCUAAAACAAUGACCCCACCUCUAAAACAAUGACCCCGCCUCUAACAUGACCCCACCUCUAAACCAUGACCCCACCUCUAAACCAUGACCCCACCUCUAAAACAAUGACCCCGCCUCUAAAACAAUGACCCCACCUCUAAAACAAUGACCCCGCCUCUAAACCAUGACCCCACCUCUAAACCAUGACCCCACCUCUAAAACAAUGACCCCGCCUCUAAAACAAUGACCCCACCUCUAAAACAAUGACCCCGCCUCUUAACCAUGACCCCACCUCUUAAACAAUGACCCCACCUCUAAAACAAUGACCCCGCCUCUAACAUGACCCCGCCUCUAAAACAAUGACCCCGCCUCUAACAGGACCCCGCCUCUAAACCAUGACCCCACCUCUAAAACAAUGACCCCGCCUCUAAAACAAUGACCCCGCCUCUAACAUGACCCCGCCUCUAAACCAUGACCCUGCCUCUAACAUGACCCCGCCUCUAACAUGACCCCGCCUCUAAACCACGUCCCACAGCUGUAAGUUCACGUUAACCAGAGAUCAAAUGACACAGAUCUGAAAUACAGUAAACAUGAGAUAGAGGUCAUAUAAACGUAGAUGUAGACAAUAAUAGAUUCAUAUUCUGCUGAAUUCACAUUUUUUUAAAGAUCGUCUAAAAAAAUCAAAACAUUUAACGUCUUUCCUGCUCGCCGUCUUUCCUGCUCGCCGUCUUCCUGGUUCUGACUCCUCAGAGUUUGUGGUUUUGAACAUCAAACCAAGAACCUGUUUUAGACUCUGUCAGCUGUCGUCGUUCAGGACCUGCUCAGGAUUGUGGAGAAUGUAAACCUGUGGCGGCGGCGGCGGCGGUGGCGGUGGCGGACUUGUUCCUUCUUGUUUUGUAAAAGGCCCCUCAGGCGUCUUCUUCUUCUUCUUCUGCUCGUCUCUGAUCUCUGAUCUGUUUUCAGUGUUCGCUCCCUCAUAGUUCCUCUCUCUGUCUUCAGUAUCAUCAACGGGUUCGCACUUCCUCUGAAGGCCGAACAUAAGCAGUUCCUGAUGAAGGUUCUGAUCCCGUUACACACGGCGAAGGCGCUCUCUCUUUUCCACGCACAGGUGAGAUAAAAAUGACUUCCUGUUGUUGGUUUAAUGAGUUUAACUCUUAGUUUCAUGAUAGAUGAUGAACUUUGAACCUGAAUCUGUGUAACAGCUCCUCCUGGUGGAGCGAAGAGGAAGUGUUUAGAUUUAAAGACUGUAAUAAAGUCAAACUGAGUUCUGCUCCUCCUCAUGUAAACAAAGGUUAUAGUUUCACACUCAUGUGUUCACACUCAUGUGUUCACACUCAUGUGUUCACACAGACCUGCUGCAGAUCUUCAGGACCGUUCACUCUCUUCUUCUUCUUCUUUUCAGCUGGCCUACUGUGUGGUCCAGUUCUUGGAGAAAGAUCCCACGCUGACUGAGCCGGUACUUUUUUUUCUCUCUCCUCCCACUCAGAGCUCAAGAACCCGAGCGCUAAAUUAGUCCACAGAGCCGAGAGAUUAUCAGCUGAAAACACCCACUCAGACAGACAGAUGAAGACUUUAACGUUUCCACAGAGGAGACAGAAACUCACACACUCUUCUGUGUGUGUGUGUGUGUGUGUGUGUGUGUGUGUGUGCAGGUGAUCCGCGGGCUGCUCAAGUUCUGGCCUAAAACCUGCAGUCAGAAAGAGGUACUGUGACUCUGAACCUUCAGUCUCUGUUCAGUUUUUGGCGGCGUCUCCAAAGCGCCUCACUCUGCUCCUCCGUCUCCGUCAGGUCAUGUUCCUCGGAGAGAUCGAGGAGAUUCUGGACGUCAUCGAGCCGACCCAGUUCAAGAAGAUCCAGGAACCCUUAUUCAAACAGAUCUCCAGAUGUGUGUCCAACCCUCACUUUCAGGUCAACAAGACACACACACACACACACACACACACACACACACACACACACACACACACACACACACACACACACACACACACACACACACACACACACACACACACACACACACACACACACACACAGACACACACACACACACACACACACACACACACUCAGACACACACACACACACACACACACACACACACACAGACAGACACACAGACACACACACACACACACAGACAGACACACAGACACACACACACACACACAAACACACACACACACACACACACACACACAUACAGACACACUCAGACACACACACACACACACACACAAACACACACACACACAUACAGACACACUCAGACACACACACACACACAUACAGACACACUCAGACACACACACACACACAUACAGACACACACUCAGACACACACACACACACAGACACACACACACACACAAACACACACACACACAUACAGACACACAAACACAAACACACACACACACAUACAGACACACAUACAGACACACACUCAGACACACACACACACACACACACACACAGACAAACACACAAACACACACACACACACACACACAUACAGACACACACACACACACACACACACAGACACACACAGACACACACACACACACACACACACACACACACACACACACACACAGACACACACACACCCGGUUCCUGUUUCAGUGUUUGAUCCUUUUAACACCUCUGUCUCAUUCAUUCAUUCAUUCAUUCAUUCAGUGAAGACGGUUCGAUUUAUUAACAGCUGCUGACUUUGUUCGAGUUCAAAGGUCCGAACACACCGGGGCCGACACCAAUAUAGAUCGUGAAAUUACGAAAUAUUUGGAGGUGAAUUUUGACGCUCCUGACGACACACAUCAAACCCGAUGAGAUUCUGCGACUCUCCAGGGUAAAUGAGACGCGUCCCGGUCUUCAGGUGUUAGACUUCACCAACAGCAGACUGAGUGUUUUCAGUUCUGAUCAGACUCUAGUGUUAAGAUGUCUGUCUGUCAUGAUGGACUGAGUCGGGUCAGAACCAGAUAAACACAUGAAACUAUAAUCCAUAAACAGAACAACAGAGACCUGAUGGAGCUGUGACUGAGUUUACAGUGAAAAUACAGAUGGUCUGUUGUAUCUGAACAGGUUAGCUUAGAGCUUAAGUUACGUUAGCACAGAUGAAAGUUCAAACAAAGACGUUUAUCAAACUGUUAAAGCUCACAAACCAUCGUCAUCGGAGAAAUCCGACACUAUGACUCUCCACAAGUCGUCCUUCAGGUCGUUAUCUUUGUAAUGUUUGUGUCUUUAUCAAAAAUCACUCUGUUCUCAGACACGGAAACAAUCAUCCGGUCGGCCAUGUUGGAUAUACCGCUGAAUCUGACGUCACAACAACACAGAAUCUGAUUGGUCAGAAGUGGACACACAGUCUGAGAAACUUUAGAAAAAUCGACUGUGAAACCGAAAUAUCGCAGACGGGAAAACUUCGCUGAUGUGACGCUCGUGUUGACAGGAUACGGGUUCAAAAAAAUGUUGACGUCUGAAAUAAUCGUAAGAUAAAAAAAACGCUCCUGGUGUGGGAGGAGCUUUAGAGCGAGUUUCUGUUUCAGUUUGUGAUGAUGGGCUCUGUAAAGGUCGUGGGGUCACAGUAAGUUCAGAGGAACAUGUGACUCCUCCUCACGGUCCUGGUCCAGCUCAGCUGUUUGACCCGGUUCUUCUGCUCCUCACAGGUGGCCGAGCGAGCGCUGUAUUUCUGGAACAACGAGUACAUCCUGAGUCUGAUCGAGGAGAACAUCGACCAGGUCCUCCCCAUCAUGUUUGGGAGUCUCUACAGGAUCUCCAAGGAGCACUGGAACCCGUGAGUGAAGGAGACCCCAGACCUUUGUUUCUGUGUUUAACCAACAUUUCAGAGAUCCGAGAUCCAAACCCGGUUCAGAGUUUUUCUGUAGUCCAGCAGAUCCAGGUCCACCGAGGUCAGUCUCAGAAAUAAUCCCUCUCAGUGUUUCAGGUGGAAGAGGUCCAGUUCAGUCUUCAGUCUUUAGUCCAGGUUCGGUUCUGGUUAAAAAACGUGUUUUUCCUUUAAAAGAGGGACUGAGGGGUUUUUGUUUGUGAUCCAGGACCAUCGUGGCCCUGGUCUACAACGUCCUGAAGACCCUGAUGGAGAUGAACUGCACGCUGUUCGACGAACUGACCUCCAACUAUAAAGCCGACCGACAGAGGUGAGAACGCCCUCUACAGUCUGUGAAGAGAAUUACAGGUUCACGCAAACUUACAAUAAAACACGAUUAAAAACAAACUUACAAUAAAACACGAUAAAAAACAAACUUACAAUAAAACACGAUAAAAAACAAACUUACAAUAAAACACGAUAAAAACACGGAAGACUACGACAGAACAUGCUCAGACACACGCUCGACUCGGAGGACGCACGUGUAAAUUGUGUCACAGGGUUUUUAUACUCGGGGAGUAAAUCUGGAACCUAACCUUCCCCGGAGCAGGUCAGCCGUUCAGCAUACGUUACCAUGUGAUCCUGCUCCGUAGAACAGACCCCUGAUGUUUCAGCUCCGACAUAUUUAUGAAAAAAAAACACUUUAAAGAAACGACUCGGUGUUUGUUUCUUCUUUGUGUUUCAAUGUGAUUUUUCCAGGGAGAAGAAGAAGGAGCAGGAGAGGGACGAGCUGUGGAAGAAGCUGGAGGAGCUGAACCUCAACAAGAGCAGUCUGGUCCAAAACAACAGUCACAAGCUUCUGAGCGUCCAGAACAACAACAACAACAACAACAACAACACAACAACAACAGCAACGAGAGCCGGGACAGGAGUGACGGUGCAGCUGCUGCUCCAGAGGAGCAGAAAGAGCCUGAAGUCAGUGAAAACCCCCCAUGUACCAAAUGACAGCGGACCCCCCAGUUUGUAGUCUGUUCAGGACUCGGUCCGGACCGUCAGGAUUCACAGAAAAACAACAAAAACUAAAGAGACCUCAGCAGUUGAUGUAAAAAACACAAUCUCUGUUCAGAUUCAGAGUAUUUCUGAUGUUGAGUGUGGCUGUAGUAAAAAUCAAAGAUGUUUUUUUUUUAGUUUCUUUCAUGAAAAUAAUUUUGUGUUUUUAUUCGUCUUCAUGUAAACGGGGGAGAGUCUUGACUUGAAUUCAGUGUUUCUGAUUUUUCUGCACUUAGACGAGCCGACGUCUCUUUUAACGAACUUUCCCUUAUUGCUGCCAACAAUCGUGUUCAAACCCUGAAGAAGAAGAAGAAGAAGAAGAAAUCAGGAAUCACAGAGUUUGGGAGUAUUUGGGGCAGACGGGACCAGAUCCAUUCAUGUGUAGAAAAGGGCUGAAAACGGGUCAGAGUGACGGAGAGUCCUGAAGAUCCAGAUCUCUGUGAGGAACCUGAGAGUUAGAAACUCGUCACAUGGAGAGAAAACGUCGUAUUUGAGUGACGACUUCAGUGUUUCAGGUAAAAACACCUGAUUGUUCCUCCGUCAGUCUCCAGAAGGACCGAGAUGUUUGCAGUCGGACCGGUUUGUUCUUUGGAGAAGAUCGACGCUUCAGGCAGCAGCUGGUGAACUUUAGACCAAGACUGAGAACAGACGGAAACUUUCAACGUUUCACUCAGAAAUCCUGUCCACACACACACACACACACACACACACACACACACUGAGAUCGCCGGGUUGUCUUUUUAUUUUUGGUGACCAAAGAUGAACGAUUUUAAAGUCGUGUCUUAGCGCUGCAAAUCCUUGAAUCCGUGAUUUUUGUGUUUUUUUCCGACGCAGCGAUCCUGAAAAUAACCCCGCCCUCAUUAAUGCAGCAGAGCCUCAGGGCCGGUCUUUGGUCUUUGGUCUCGGGUCUGAAUCCCACCAAACAUGAGCCCAGAAACUCAAAGAGGUUCUGGACGAACAAAGACUGAAGAGUAAAAACGACAGUUUCUUGGCUCACAGAUGGAAACAGAAACCGGUUUGAACUCGUUUAUUCUGACUGUCAACACGAGCAGAGCCACGUUCGCUCACCGGCUGUCACUUUCUUUUUCGGACCCACAGAUACGAGCGAGCGUCACUUUUGUCGUCUGACCGUCAGAAAGAGGAAAAGAGAGUUUCUUUUUCCUUCCUGAAGACCAACAGGAGUUUAUUUUUCCAGAGUCUUGAGAUAUUUUUGAAUAUUUUACAGAUGGUUUGAUAAAGAACGGGCUUCAGUGUAUAUUUGUAAUAAAGUGUGUUUAAUAUGUAAAUGUUAGUAUGGGGGCUACUUAAAGGGAAAUGCCACUCGACCUGACAACAGUGUACAGACGAUAAUCUAACCAGUGAGAGUGCGCUCAGUGUUCAUGGGAGACCAGAGAGUUAUUCAGUAUUACACAGCAGGAAGACGACGACGAUGUUCGGUUUGGUGUUUGUUUGAUAGUUUCUGAUCGUGGGAGUUCAUAAAUGUGUCGGUAAAUUUAACCUCACUGCCAGAGGAACAACCGUUUUAAGAUUUUCAGAGAGGUGUUUCCUGAGGUAGAGCUCUGUUCUUUGUUUUUUUUUUAGUUUCCUCUCUCCUGAUUUUUCUGUCUGUACAUCAUUCCAGCUUCUGUGACGGUUUUAUAAUCGCAGAUCUUAUUUAGGGUUCAAUUAAAGUCAAAUUUAUCUUUCUAUUCGCA